CCUCCGCGCUCGUGGCCGGGACCCGCGGGGCCGCCUCCUCCGGGCUCCCCGGCGCCGCUCGGCUCCCGGGCGGGCGGCAGGUGCAGCGCGGCCGGGCGGCUGGCGAAGGGGGCUUCGAGGCGACGGUUGGAUGAGAGGUGGCCCCGGUCUCCGCGCAGGGGGCUCCGAGCGUCAUGUUAAGGUAAAGCAGAGGGGCUCAGUGCUGAACAUGCUAAGGAGGCUGGACAAGAUCAGGUUCAGAGGUCACAAGAGAGAUGACUUCCUUGAUCUAGCAGAGUCUCCAAACGCCUCGGACACCGAAUGCGGAGACGAAACACCCCUGAAGAUACCUCGGACCUCGCCCCGGGACAGUGAGGAGCUGAGGGACCCUGCUGGGCCAGGGACCCUCAUCAUGGCUGCAGGAGUCCAGGACUUUAACCGGACAGAGUUUGAUCGCUUAAAUGAGAUCAAAGGUCACCUGGAAAUCGCCUUACUGGAAAAACACUUCUUACAGGAGGAGCUCCGGAAGCUGCGAGAGGAAACCAACUCGGAGAUGCUGCGGCAGGAGCUGGACCGGGAGCGGCAGCGGCGGAUGGAGCUGGAGCAGAAGGUCCAGGAAGUGCUGAAGGCCAGAGCCGAGGAGCCACCCGCUCAGCAGCCUCCGAAAGGGCAGGCCCAGGUCAAUAAUGGAGCAGACCGACGGAGCCAGGGGCUGUGCCCCCGUGUCCAGAAGUGGUUCUAUGAGAAAUUCGGGGAGUACGUGGAGGACUUCCGGUUCCAGCCCGAGGAGAGCACGGUGGAGACGGAGGAGCCCCUCAGCGCCCGGAGGUUGACCGAGAACAUGAGGAGGCUCAAGCGCGGUGCCAAGCCUGUCACCAGCUUUGUGAAGAACCUCUCUGCCUUAUCCGACUGGUACUCCGUCUACACGUCUGCCAUCGCCUUCACCGUGUACAUGAAUGCCGUGUGGCAUGGCUGGGCCAUCCCCAUGUUCUUAUUUCUAGCAAUUUUGAGGUUAUCCCUCAAUUACCUCAUAGCCAGGGGCUGGAGGAUACAGUGGAGCAUCGUGCCUGAAGUGUCCGAAGUGGUGGAGCCUCCAAAGGAAGACCUGACCGUGUCUGAGAAGUUCCAGCUUGUGCUGGACGUCGCCCAGAAAGCGCAGAACCUCUUUGGCAAGAUGGCUGACAUCUUGGAAAAGAUCAAGAACCUGUUCAUGUGGGUGCAGCCUGAGAUCACCCAGAAGCUGUACAUCGCGCUGUGGGCCGCCUUCCUUGCCUCCUGCUUCUUCCCCUACCGCCUGGUGGGGUUGGCCGUGGGACUCUACGCCGGAAUCAAGCUUUUUGUCAUUGAUUUUAUCUUCAAACGCUGCCCGAGGCUGAGAGCCAAGUAUGACACUCCCUACAUCAUCUGGAAGAGCCUCCCUACGGACCCCCAGCUCAAGGAGCGCUCCAGCACUGCCGUGUCACGCAGGCCGCAGAUGGCCUCCUCGCGGAGCUACGUGUCCAGCGCGCCUGCCGGCCUGAGCAAGGACGAGGACGCCAGCCGCGUCCACGGCGCCAAGAAGAGCAAUUUCCAUGAAAUCUUUAACUUGACAGAAAACGAGCGUCCGCUGGCGGUGUGUGAGAGCGGCUGGCGGUGCUGCUUGAUAAACAGAGACCGCAAGAUGCCGACCGACUACAUCAGGAACGGGGUCCUGUACGUGACGGAGAAUUACCUGUGCUUCGAAAGCUCCAAGUCCGGCUUCUCCAAGAGGAACAAAGUCAUCAAGCUGGUGGACAUCACGGACAUCCAGAAGUACAAGGUCCUCUCCGUCCUCCCGGGGUCGGGCAUGGGGAUUGCCGUGUCCACGCCAUCAACACAGAAAGGGUCGGGACUCUCGAGGGCGCGUCUUGUGGACGCGAGGCCACCGGGAAGGAUGACACGCAGGACACACCGCCAAGCACAGCUGCGCCUUCUCUGUCCCCACCGGGCGGAGACCGGCGCGGCCGCACCCCGGCUCUCGGAGGCCAGCAGCUCUGCCACACCAAAGCCAUACGAGGAGCACACGGGGCCCUCCCCGGGGUGAGGGACGCCGGCGACAGGCGACGUGGGGGCCCCUGGCCAGCGCCACGAACGGGCCCGUCCUUUAGGGAGACCCCCGUGCACGUCCUGGGAGCGCGGUGCUGACCAGCUGGCCAGGGGCCCGAGAUCAGCUCCUCAGGAGGAGGCAGAGUGCCGUGCGGUGCAAAGGCCCAGGAGGACGGCCGCUUCGGGGGUGCUCCGAGCCCCGGGGCCGCCCCCGCCUCCAGGCUGCUGUGCCGAGGUGGGAGUGGACAGAGCGCCUCAGGCCCGAGGGGGCCCAGGCUGGCAGAGGGCCUGCCCACGGGGGCUGUGCGGGGACGCUGGGGAGGUCAGCCGGCUUCGGGGAGUGACCGCGAGCAGAGCCCAGAGGUCGGGGUCCGCGGCCCUAGUGUCUGCACACACUCGGCGGGGAGGGGGGAGAGCCCUCACUCUCGGGGAGGUCAGAGCGCGCGUCUCGCAGGCCCGGUGUCCCAUUGGGACUGACUGGCCAAAGGCCUUGGGGACGGACACGCGCAGGAGACGGCGGGGCCACCCCUGCUCGGUACACUCCCGACACGGGCACCUCCGGCCCCUCAGCUUGUCCUGAGUCCUCUGGGUGUCACGGAGAUCGUUGUUUUUUGAAGAAACAGAAGAUUAUAUUUUUUACAGAGAGCAAGCUGUUUUUCUUAUUUUUGUAUCGUUUUUCAGACGUAAUUUUUACCUUUGCUCCCCAUUUGCUGGUUGGGCGGGCGAUUCAGUGGCGUCACUCCUGUCACCCCUUGGCGGGGGGACCCCGCGGAGUGCGCUCGGGAGCCACGCCCACCAGCCAGACAAGCACACGCCCCGGCCCAGUCGUGAGGUCCCGGGGCCCUGCGGUGGCCGCCCAGCUCCUGGUCUCCCUGGCGUCGGUGUCUUGUGACCUUUCAGAGACGAAGGCAGAGCCUGCCCGAGACCUGGGCUUUGCUCCACAGUUGGUGCAGGCGGACCGGGUUCUGGGGGGGGCUGUGGGUUCACACCCAGUGGGGGACCCCCUCUGUGCCCGGGGCAAGGCAGGGUGGGCCCUGAACUGGCCCAGGGUGACUGCGGGGCGACACCUGUGGGUGCUGCUCAAGCCCCACUCCCCGGGACUGCUGUGGGCUCGACACGUGGGACUCUGUCCCCAUGCACUGUGGGUGUGUCCCUGCGUGGAAUGGACUUGCCUCCUUCAGAGUGGCGUGGUUUGGUUUGAGUCCCUUCUGAGGAGCAAGGGAGAUGAAAACUGACCACGUGCGGGGUGGCGUCCCCAGCUACACAGUGGCCCACGGCAGGCCCCUCUCUGGAAGCCCAGGGCCCCUGCCGGGAAGAGCACGGGCCUGUGCGGGCUCCCUGUCGGGGAGAGCCUGGAGUUUCAUUGAGUUGUGUAAGUCUGGGCAGGUGUUUAACUUCUGCGACUAAUCACUGAACUAGAAUGAAUGUUAAAUUUUUUAUGUCUGGAGCUCAGUCUAUUUUGGAUCUGUAAAUACUCAUUACCAGUGUAACUUUUGUUCAACAAAAGGAUUGUACUGUAUGAAGAAGUGAUGAAAAAAUACCCCGUAACAUUUUUUUAACGAAAAAGUCUUGUAUAAAUUAUAAGUUUUUAUUUAAAUAAACCUGUAAUGCUUUGUGCUAA